GCUCAUUUCAGUUCGAGACUUCAGUUGGAGACUUCACUUCGCGUUUGGAGGAUAGGAUCAGAUCCACAAUUACCCACAACUGUCAUCGUCAGCGCAGCGACUUGCUAACUAAUCGAAAGAAAUACUGUAGAAUAAAGUAAAGAAAUCGCGCUCCCCUCCCUCUCUCUCUCCGCCCGUUCGCCUUGUUCGCUGGUGUGUGCGCCGCGAUAAAUCAGAAAAUCAGUAAUCCGAAAUCGGAAAACUGCCAGCGUUUCGCUCGCAGCUCGCAGUUCGCAGCUGAGAAAAACCGCAGGACGCAGCUCUCCUGCACUCUGCGUGUCGUCGUGUGCGUUAGUUAGUUGUGCCCAAGGAAAAUCGAAAAUCCUGCUUGGUUCCUCGCAAACGGAGAGAAACCGUUUUAAAAAGCAAAUGCAAACGAAAGAAGAAUAGAAAACAACUGCGUCGUGCACCAUUUUGUGAUAUAUUAUUUGCCCCUUCUCCUGCAACAACGAUCCCUGUGCAAUUCUCUGUAAAAAAAAAUUAAAUAAUUACUAGCAACCAAUUUAAUUACUGCGAAACCAUCAAAACGAAUAAUUUCCAACUGUGAUCCGAACAAAAAACUCUGAGUUUUUGUUUCAAGCCUGUGUAAUUUCCACGAAACGGAUUGGAAAACUCGUACCGCGAAUUAUUUGCAGUCACGAAUCAAAACACAAGCGCAGCCUAAUAAUUGGACGAACUGAUUUAACAACAGUUAAACUGAGCGCCGCAAAUCAACAGCAAAAAUAAAAACAACAGUUGCGAGUUGCAAGUUGCUAGUACGUUGCACGUUGCCAAUUUGAAAUUGCACGCUUCCACGACUGAAAUCCAAGCAGGAAGGAAAGGAGCCGCCGGUGCCGCUGCCACACAGCAGGAAGAAGCCGAGGAAACUUCGCUGGGCGAAAGUAAAAUCAGAGAGAAACAACCAAUCCGCAUCAGCACACUCACAGAGGCGCUCUAGCCAGCCAUGGAACGUGAAUCCAACCCAAUGCAACCCAUGUGCCGCUCUGGUUGCGGCUUCUAUGGUAACCCAGCCACAGAUGGUCUCUGCUCCGUAUGCUAUAAGGACUCGCUUAGAAAAAAGCAACAGCCACCUGUGAGCAGCACACCUGUCUCCGUUCCAAGCCCACAACCUAGCCCCACAUUCAGUCCGGCCAUUGCAAUCACCAACACCGCACAGCCCACAGUCACCAGUUUACAACAGCCACACAACGAUGUUAAAGAGAAAAUCACCGAUGAAGCCGCCGCUGCUGCCAAAGUCAAUAGCGAAGCCAUCACAUCGGCGACUGGUCCAAACACUUCCACACAAGCAGCCGCCUCGGCCAACGAGGAGGAUGAUAAGGACAAGGAAGACGAUAAGGAUGCCAAAAAGAAGAAGAACCGAUGUGGCGAGUGCCGCAAGAAGGUUGGCCUGACCGGUUUCCAGUGUCGCUGCGGCGGUCUGUACUGUGCCGUGCAUCGUUAUUCUGAUAAACAUAACUGCACAUUCGAUUAUAGAGAGCAUGGCGCACAGGAGAUUCGGCGCAACAAUCCGGUUGUCGUUGGCGAGAAGAUUCAAAAGAUUUGAAUUUCGAUAUUGUGCCAGUAACAGUAAACAGUAGCCGUAGAAUGAUAAUAACCAACCUAAACAUAAUAAGAGUAUAUAUAUAUGCUACGCUAUAAACAACCCACAACCAACAACAGAAGAAGAAGAGCAAAGAAACACACACACACAAAUCCACACAGAGAGUAAUAAUACUAUAUGAAUCGAUAUAAACUGUAAUUGUAAUUGUAAUUAUAAUGUAAACACCAGCAAAGGCAACAAUAGUACAGAGAAACGAUAACCAAAUACCCCGCAUAACUGCAGUAGCAACAACCUGGAACAACAACGGCAGCCAUUUCGAUGCUCAACAACAAGGUGAAGGAUAGAAGCAAGCAUUGCCACCCAUCAGCCACGUGCAGCACAAGGAGCAGCAAGCAUGCAGCACCUUUGUACAUCUUGAACCAGACGUGUAACAGCGUUAGAGCAAAGUGCAUACAAAUAAACACGACGGCUGAGAAUGGCAAUUGUUGGAAGCGGCAGCAAUAUAACAUCGUUCAUCCAUCCAUCAUCAAGCAACAUGGAACAACCAACAAGCAGCACAACAACAACAACUACUACAAUAACAACCGAUGGACCUUGGUCGCCUGCUGAGCUGGGGCUGAAUGAAACCGUCUUGAAGGAAACAACAACUACAACUGCUAGAACAACAACAACAACACCUUUCAUCGACUAGUGUUGAAUCAUUUUAUUUUUCUUUUGUUAUUCCAAAAAAAUACAAUUUGCAAAUUGUUUGUAUUUAGCUAAAAACACACACACCGCCACAUUUACAACGACAAGCAAGCACACAACAAAAAUCAACCAUUGUUACCAUGUUACAUACAACGCAACAGCUUUUAAGUAAGACGAUGUGUGUCUUUUGUUUUUGUAAUUUGUUGGAGUGUAUUAAAUAAUAAAAAAAAAAUAAGAAAAAGUACGAAAGCAUAUAGAAAAAAAACUUCAAGAACAAAAUUUAACAAGCCCCCCAAUCACACACAAACACACACACCAACCAACUCUUUCUCAAUUCUUAAUUAUCAGCUACUAAAAUGAAGAAGAAAAACAAAACAAAAAACAAAUAUAUAUUAAUUAAUUAUGUAUAUGUAUUAAAAAGAGAAAAAGGAAAGAAAAAAAUAUGCAAAAUUUAAGCGUAAAAAAACAACAAAACCCUCACCAUAAAACAAAAGCAAAAAAAAAUGUAAAAAAAAAAACAAAACAAAACCUGAAGAAAAGAAACCAAGAAUAACGCAAUUGUGUAGAAGAGAGAGAGCUCCUUAAAACAGUUUGCUAUAAAACCAAGACCACGCCAAGCCAAGAUAAAAGCGGAAAAGAGAAAUUGUGCGAGCGAGGAGAGAGUUAAGCCAGGGAGAGAGAGAGCGAGAGCAGGGCGCGUUUAGUGUAAAGCAACUUGGAGCAUAACAACUCCCUAAUUUAGAGAUAUAUAAAUAUAUAAUUAUGUAUAAUUAAUUAGUGAAUCAAAGCAGGCAAAUGCAGUGCAAGCGGCGUUUUUUUCUUCGUUUUACGUUUUACCUUUGGCCCCCCCUCCUGUUCCCUGCCCACCCCCUCUAACAUAAAAUUGAAUUGAUUUUAAUUUUGAUUAAUUUUGUCGAUGAAUUAUAUACAUUUUAUAUGCAUAAUAUUAACUAUAUCUCUACUACAUCUACAUAACUGGUAGGCUACAUGUACAUGUAUAGUUUUCUUUUUUGGUAUAUGCACGUUAAGGCGAAAAGCGAAAGAUUUAAAAACCAGCUAAAAAACAACACUUAUUCUAUAAAUAUAGAAAGGGCGAAAAGAGAGUGGUUACAAAAGAAAAUUCAGCAAACACACAAAAAAUUUGAAAUGCAAAAUAUACACACAAUAAAUAUAUAUGGUUCGUCUUUAGAUUUCUUUAUUGCUUUAAGCGUUAUUUAGUUUUUCUUUGUUUAUAUUAAAAACACACACACACACACACAACAAGCAAACAGUUUUUAUUUCCGCUUUCUCUUCAUUCUGUAGUAAAUAAUUUACAAUUUUUAUUAAAAUCAAUUUACACCUAUGCAAAUAUAAAUUUAAAACUAGCGAUAAUGUGUUGUUAACCCCCUAAAACUUAAAUACAAAAAUGAAAAAAAAAAAAUCAAAAACAAAAACAAAAUUUUAAGUAAAACUAAAAACUUAUCAAUAACAACAAAUGGAAAUAUUGCAAUAAAUUUUGAUUCUACAAUUAAAAAAAGAAAGAAAAGAAACUCCCUCACGACCAACCAAUAAUCUAUGACACACACACAGAACUGAGUGAAAUCGUUAUCCUUUCGCAGGAACAGAAGCAAAAUGAAAGCCGACACCAAACUCGCCUUUAACCAAACGCCUUUCUCCACACUUUUCAGACAAGACACAAAACCAGGUUGAUUACUGGCAAAUAAGAUCAGUUUCUAGCUAGCCAAGUGCCCUUGGUCACCAGAGGCAAGGCUAGCUACAGGCUGAUGGGCGGAAUCUGGGGCUCAAAGCGGGUCACCACAUCUCAUAGAGACCCUCAUUGGGCGCCAAAGAUUCCUAAGCAACAGAGCAAUAGUCAAAGUCCAGCCGUAGGAGUGUUUAGUCAAAACAUUUGAAUUGUACAAAAUCAGAGAGAUGGAAAUGAAGGGAAAUAAACAAAACAUCAACUAGAAACCGACUUCAAUAUUUAAUUAUUACCGAAAGAUGAAAAGCAAGUGUACAGAUCAAGAAAUAAAUAAAAAAGAGAAAUUAGGGAUGCAACCAGCAACAAGAACAGCAAAAUGUCAUUUUAAUUUUAAUUUAUCCACCAUAAAGAAAAGGCAACCACUUUACAUUUUAUACGUAUAUCAUAAUUUAACGCAUUAUAAAAACCCUUAAAAUUAAUUAGUAAAAUUGUACACCACACACGCAAAACGGGGGAAGAAUUUUAAGAGAAAUAACAAUACAAGUUCAGCACAGUUUACAAAAUGUUUCAGUAAUAACUUCAAACGAUAAAUAAGAGUAAUAUUAUAUACUUGAACAAGUUUCUGUAUUCUUUGCAUAGUUGUAGGUUUUCAUUUUAAAAUAAUUUACGAUAGUUUACCAUAAUUUACAAUGCUUUAGUGUGCUUUUAGUUGAAAUUGUGUUUAUAUGUUUAACGAAACAAAUAAGAAGAGUAAAGUGAAAAGGCAAAUAAUAAUUAUAAAACUAAGCGUAAUAAAAAACUUUUAUUAUUAUUAACCAACCAACGUUUAUUCUAGUAGUUUCUUAUUAAUAAUAUUUACCAUUACCAUUAAUUAUUAAUUAUGAUUUAUAUAUAUUUUUUUUUGUUGUGUGCACACCUCUUAGUCACUUUUGCGCUUAUAAGCUAAUCAAGCCACACAUACACACACAUACAACCCCAACCUGAUCCUGAACCCAAUCCUGAUCCAGUACCCAACCAUCCGGAUCUUAUUCCGCAAAAAAAAAAAUACUAUUUGUGUUGAAUCUUUUGCAAUUGCUAGCCGAAUUUGAUGAUUGUUUCGAUUCUUACCUUUUUUGGAAUAUGUGAACACUGUUUUGUUGAAUGGAAAACCGGAAACGGAAACGAAACGAAAUUAGUUGACAUAAGCGUAUGAAUGGGAUAUUAUUAUUAUGAACCUUAUGAAUGCAUCCAAUCUAUCUACAGCCACUUUAUGCGUAUAUAAAUAUUGUACUAAUGUGUAAUUUGUAAUUAAAAGCGAAGAAUAUCUGCGACCAGGUGAGGUGAGAGAGCGAUAGUAGGAGGUGGUAACAGUGAACAUAUAUUUAAAACACAGAAACGGUAAAGCUAGAAAAUCUAAAUAGAAAUAGAUAUAUACAUGCAUAUAUACCUAUAUAUAUAUAUGACCCUCAGAUCUGAGCGUAUAUAAGAGCAACAACUAUUUUAAUUAAACUUAAACAAAUGCAUAAACAAAUACAAUAAAAAAAUAGAAGAUAAAACAAGAGCAACCACAACAAAUUUCACGAACGAGAAAACCCAGAUGAACUUCAAGAUUUAUAUAGCUAACUAAAGAGAUCAAGAGAUAUAAUGUUCAAUAAAUGGCGAUUAUAUAAUUUUUAAAAACAA